CAGGACAUCUCUACUUUCGAUUUGAAGUCCACACCACAGAAUGGGGUCGGACGAUUCUUUGCGUCUGUGGAGAUUUUUCCGCUUUGGUAACGACAGAAGUGUAUAUACACCACAUGUUCGAUCAUUGGAGAAUUCAUAUGAGGAGCUUAUUAUGAGAGUUAUCCAGCGAGGACAAGGAGGACGGCUCAUAGAUUUUAUAGAGAGAGAAUCCGAUAGAAACAGCAGGUUUUAUCCUUUAGCCUACACUCUUGCUGUCUGCGCCAGGAGUACCAAUCAAGAUGUCUCCCGUAAAGCUUACAUGGCAAUACAAACUGUCUGUAGGACACCAGAAAAAUUAUUCAUGUUUCUCAAGUACUGUAAGGAGUCUCUGAAGCUUAAAUCAUGGCCUAGACGCCACAGGAUGGCUGUAGCUAAGUGGUAUACAACUAAUCCUCAAUAUCUUGAUAACCCCAUGCUUCUUGCAAAACAUGUGACUAAAUAUAGGAGACGCCAUGGGUUUUCACACAAAAAAGUGUUAAAGUGUUGUCAUCCCAAUACCUCUAGAUGUCCUGAUGAUAUCAAAUUCAUAUUAUGUUAUGCUGUUAAAGGUAUUUCAAAAGCUAGACGUUUGCAUCAAGGAGAAGAAGGUAAAAUCAUGUCUGUUGUGGAUUUCAUUAAUGAUGUUGAUACUCUACGAAAGGGAAAAAUGCCAGAGGAUGAUGUAGUAGCUUUAAUUAAAAAAUGGGAGCUGACUUGGGAGCAAAUACCUACUGUUCAUUUGCAAUCAAAGGAAAUAUGGAAGGCAUUGCUUAAUAUAAUGCCAAUGACAGCAUUGUUGAGAAAUUUGGGAAAACUAACCAUGCAUAGAUUACUUGAACCUGGUAGUCAAGAAGAAGCCAGAACAUGUUCCAGACUUAAUAAUGCAGAACUCCUUAAAGAUGCCAAACUUCACCCUAUCCAAAUCCUUUCAUCUUUGAAUGGUUACAGAAAGGGGGAAGGAUUUAAAAGUGACAGGUACACCUGGAAUGUUAACAAAAAUAUUGUCUAUUCCCUGACACAAGCAUACAUGAUGCAACUUACCUCUAGCAGUCAAAAUCCCAACCUUCCUCAGAACCUUCUGGUAGCGAUAAAUAUCAGGCCUUCAAUGGAGAGACAUGUUGUUGGGAUCCCUUUGAUGAAUUGCAAGCAGACUGCUACUGCUUUGGCAAUGACCCUGAAACAAAGUCAGCCAUCUACCCAUACUGUUACUUUUGGAAGUGGGGACAUUGCAAGAAGGCUUGAUUUUCAGCUAUCUGCUGCUGGCAUAUAUGACAUAGAGAGUGCUUUAGAUGCUGUGGAACAGAGAACAGAUGAUAAUCCUGUUAAUUUUGAUGCACCAUUGCAAUAUGCCAUGCAGAAUAUGAAUGCAGUAAAUGCUGUCAUUCUAAUGACUGACCGUCUCACUGAGCAAGACAGAAGUGAUAUCCAAAGAGCUUACAGGAAUUUUAAAGAACAAUUCCUAGAUGUUUCAUUUAUCACUGUGUGCUUUCAGAACUGUGAAGAAACAUCUCCUGUUGCUGAACCACAAGACCCCAACAUGUUGGAUGUAAUAGGAGUGGAUGCAGGGGCAUUAGAUAUCAUUCUUUCCUUUAUCGCGAACAGAGAUCAACAAGUACGAGUACUGCUGGAAGAACUUUCAAUUGAUGGAAGAAUGGAGGAGGAUAUGGAAGAGGCUUAGACGACAUGUCUAAAACAUUGUUAAACAGUUUCUACAUCAUUAAGAAUCCAUGGAAAGGAAUCUCAGUGGAGGGUGCUGCUGAUGCUUUUUAUUAACAUUUACCAUAAUUCUCACUGAGCUGUGAUGCAUGUAGCUCUUAUUUGCAAGAAGUUUUCUCCACACACAAAAUUUAAUAACAAAAUUAUUUCACUAAUAAAUGUCCAUACACCAAAAGUUAAUUACUAUGUUCUGGAUGAUCUUAAUAAAUCUUGUUUAUUUCUCCAAACUAA